GCGCACGCGUAAGGGCGAAAGGCGGCGGAGCUGGGUAGUGGAUGCGCAUGCGCCGAGUGAGCCGGUAGCUCUGAGGGUGUGGAGGGGGCUCUUAGAGGAGAAGCCGGGGAAAAGGGAAGCGAAGGGAAAGGAAAGGGCGGGGGGAGGGGGUGAGAGUGUGCUCUGCGCAUGCGUGCGAGCACUAGCGACGACGGCGGCGGGGGAGUCUCGGGGAUGACAGUGGCUUUGCCCGUUGGGGUAACGGUCGUCGUCGCCGGCAGGGCCUGAGGCGCCUCACAGCCCGCGGGAUCCAUUAAGGCCGCAGCAGCCCGGGCCCCACGGAGCUAGAGUGGCGCGUGGAGUAGGGGUGAGGGCGGCGAGGCACGGGGGGAGGGGCCUGCGGCGGGGCCUUGCUGUGUACGCUGGGCGGCGGCGGGGCCUGGCGGUGUGUGCGCUCGUCUCAGCCGCGGCCCGGCGGGCGCCGUAGGCGGCGGCGGCCGUGGUGCUUGGUGGAAGAGGCGUCGGUGUGUGCGGCGCGGAGAAGAUGGCCGGGCAGUGAGGGGGCGGUGCUUGCGCCUGGUGACCUCGGAGUGAGCGACUGAGGAGCGAGGGGCGCCGCGGCGGCCCGGCCGGGCCUGCUCCCCGCCCCCUCCCGCCGCCGGCCCGCGCACUUCCUCCCGGACCCUCCCCUAUCGGGCGGGGGCCUCUCCUGCCCGCUUCGCCACCUCAGGGAACAGCCGGGCUGUAACCGCCAGGGCGGAGAGCCAGGCGCGUCCGGGCCCCGCGUCCGAUAUGGAGAGAGCGGCGGCGGCCUCCGCCAGCCGCAGCAGCCACGUUCGCCGCCACCGCGGCUUGGUGCACUAGAUCCAGGAAGCCGAAGCCGAAGCUGACGCCGACGCCCGCGCCGUCGUCCUUGCCUUCGCCGCUGCUUUCGCGCCGGGCGCUGUGAUGGAGUGAGGGCCCUGCAGCCCGUGAGAAGCGUGCCCGCCCCUCGGACCGGACCGGGCCGGGGCCUGCUCCCGCGCCCGCUCGGCUCGACCAGAGGAGGCGCCUCCGCGUUCAGAGAUGCAGCUCGAGCGCAGGCCGCCCGCCGAGCCGCGGGGCUAGACUGAGCGCCGAGUCCCGGCCCGAGCGCUGAAGCCGCCGUGUUCUGCGUCCCGCAGUCGCCGGGGACAAAACUCGAACGCUGGUUUUUCUCUCUCCUUUCUUUUUUUGGUCUGCAAGUCUCAGGGACGGAGGAGGGGCGCCAGGGCCCCAUGUGUGGGAGGAUUGCUUCAGCUCCGCAAACUUGCACGGAUUUUGGUUACUACUUCGGCCAGUUGUUCUGCUCUGAUUUCCUCCGAAUUGUUGCAAAUUCGCCAUUGUUCCCUGGCUGCUUGCAAAGUUGGAUCCGGAAUUUCUUUUCAACCGGGAGCCAACGGUGUCGAAGUGUCUGCAAUGAACCCCGUGAAUGCUACUGCUCUCUACAUUUCCGCGAGCCGCCUAGUGCUCAACUACGACCCCGGAGACCCCAAGGCGUUUACAGAGAUUAACAGGCUCUUGCCUUACUUCCGACAGUCCCUCUCGUGCUGCGUUUGCGGACAUUUGCUACAAGAUCCUAUUGCACCCACCAACUCCACCUGCCAACACUAUGUCUGCAAAAGUUGUAAAGGCAAGAAAAUGAUGAUGAAACCUUCAUGUAGCUGGUGUAAAGACUAUGAGCAGUUUGAGGAAAACAAGCAGUUAAGCAUCCUAGUGAACUGCUACAAAAAACUAUGUGAAUAUAUAACACAGACUACAUUGGCACGGGAUAUAAUAGAAGCAGUCGACUGUUCUUCUGAUAUUCUGGCUUUGCUUAAUGAUGGAUCAUUGUUUUGUGAGGAGACGGAAAAACCCUCAGAUUCAUCCUUUACUUUGUGUUUGACACAUUCCCCUUUACCUUCAACCUCAGAAUCCACAACUGAUCCUCAAGCAAGUUUAUCUCCAAUAUCUGAAAGCACCCUCAGCAUUGCUAUUGGCAGUUCUGUUAUCAAUGGUUUGCCUACUUACAAUGGGCUUUCAAUAGAUAGAUUUGGUAUAAAUAUUCCUUCACCUGAACAUCCAAAUACGAUUGAUGUAUGUAACACUGUUGACAUAAAAACUGAGGAUCUGUCUGACAGUUUGCCACCUGUCUGUGACACGGUAGCCACUGACUUAUGCUCCACAGGCAUUGAUAUCUGCAGUUUCAGUGAAGAUAUAAAACCUGGUGACUCUCUGUUACUGAGUGUUGAGGAAGUACUCCGCAGCUUAGAAACUGUUUCAAAUACAGAAGUUUGUUGUCCUAAUUUGCAGCCCAACCUGGAGGCCACUGUAUCCAAUGGACCUUUUCUGCAGCUCUCUUCCCAGUCUCUUAGCCAUAACGUUUUUAUGUCUACCAGUCCUGCACUUCAUGGGUUAUCAUGUACAGCAGCAACUCCGAAAGUAGCAAAAUUGAAUAGAAAACGAUCCAGAUCAGAAAGUGACAGUGAGAAAGUUCAGCCACUUCCAAUUUCUACCAUUAUCCGAGGCCCAACGUUGGGGGCAUCUGCUCCUGUGACAGUGAAACGAGAGAGCAAAAUUUCUCUUCAGCCUAUAGCAACUGUUCCCAAUGGAGGCACGACACCCAAAAUCAGCAAAACUGUACUUUUAUCUACUAAAAGCAUGAAAAAGAGUCAUGAACAUGGAUCCAAGAAAUCUCACUCUAAAACCAAGCCAGGUAUUCUUAAAAAAGACAAGACAGUAAAGGAAAAGAUUCCUAGUCAUCAUUUUAUGCCAGGAAGUCCUACCAAGACUGUGUAUAAAAAACCCCAGGAAAAGAAAGGGUGUAAAUGUGGGCGUGCUACUCAGAAUCCAAGUGUUCUUACCUGCCGUGGCCAGCGCUGCCCCUGCUACUCUAACCGCAAAGCCUGCUUAGAUUGUAUAUGUCGUGGCUGCCAAAACUCCUAUAUGGCCAAUGGGGAGAAGAAGCUGGAGGCAUUUGCCGUGCCAGAAAAGGCCUUGGAGCAGACCAGGCUCACUUUGGGCAUUAAUGUGACUAGCAUCGCUGUGCGCAAUGCUAGUACCAGCACCAGUGUAAUUAAUGUCACAGGGUCCCCAGUAACGACGUUUUUAGCUGCCAGUACACAUGAUGAUAAAAGUUUGGAUGAAGCUAUAGACAUGAGAUUCGACUGUUAAAUCAGUGGGUCUUUAAACCUACCUCUGGUAGGGAAAUAGCUACAGUUUUACGGCAGCUAUGGUUUUGUUGGUUUAACUUGCCGGAGCUCCUGCAUAUAGAUCACUUGUAUCAAGUGUUUUCAUUGCUAAGUUAUAUGUGUUAGUGUCGGGGAAAUAGUUUGCAGAUAAUGGAGGAGUAACCCUACAACUAUAUGUCCUUAGUUCUUACAGAACCUCAUAGUUUGAGAACAAAUGCUGAUGCAACUGAUUUAUACAAAAUGAACUUUGGCAAGGAGAAUAACAUUAACCUCAUUGUUUAUGGUCAUGCUUUGUGCAUAAUCAAAGUUUAUGAUUAAAUGUAAGGAAGUGGUAUCUAGUCAUGCCAUAAAGAUUGUGCUCGUAUUUUCUGAAAAAGUAGCCAUUAGUUUGUUCAGGAGCCUCAGUGCUACCUUCACAUUGCCACUGAUGUUUCUCCUGUUGAAAAGCUCAUGGGUCCAGCUCAACCUUUGUGGUGACAUAAUACCAUUUCUGAUCAUGAAAAUUGGCUACUGGUGUAUGUAGCAGUUCUUAAAUCAGCAGUAUUAUGAAAGAAAAUUUGCCCCUCAUUAGAAUGUUGAAGAAAUCUGUCUUUUAAAAAGUGAACAAACUGAAAUUCUGUCAGACUGCAGAUGUUUAGCUGUUUAUGCCGCAGAACUUCUGAGUUGAUGCCCAUUUUUAGUUAAGUCUGACUCCUUUCUAGGAAAAAAAAAACUAAAUGCUUCCAUCACUUUGAGCAAUGUUCUAAUUGAUAAAUGAAGUGGAGAAGAGCAGUUUUAUUCUGAAGAUAAUUGAAUUUAGACUAUAGUAUAUGACAGAAUUUUUUAAAAAUUAUAAAAAAUGUUUUACUUAGAAAUUGGGAUUUAUUUAAAAUUUUGGAAUGAUGCUCCAAAACUUAUCCAGAUUUAUGCAUUAUACCUAUUGCUAUUGGCCACUUCUUUGAUUUUUUGUUUCCUCUAAUGGUUUGCCACAGAUUUUAUUUUGAAUAUGCUCUUUUUUCUUUUCUUUUUUUUUAGGGUGCUAUUUGUUGUGGAGGCUUCUUUAUGGAGGUCUAAUAAAAAUGCCUUUUAUGAAGCCUGUGCAUUUAAGUAGGUUUGAGGCUAGGAGGAUUUUCUUUAGAAUACUCUUUUGCAUGUAAAGCACAAAACCGUUUCAUUUUAAAUGCACUUCUUCCCUGUAAUUUUUAUGGGGAAGACAAGUGAGUCACAAACAUUCUGUUGAAGGGAAAUCUAGUCAGUUGCUUGAAAGAGCACAGCCCAGAUAAAACAAGGACUGACUAGGUUGUUGUAAAGAAAUGACCUUAUGAUUUAAAAGAAGAGUUGCUGCUUUGACAGUGCUUAUUUAAAGAAAAAAAUACUGCUGGAAAAAUUUCAGUUUCUACUACGUUCACCAUCUCUCCUGAGAUCUGACAUAUGUUGAAGUUGUUUUGAUUUGGCACACAGCAUGUUCAAUGAUGGUUACUCACCUAGUACAAGACAUGGAGAAGAAACCUUUCGACACAGAGCAGAUGACACCUCCUUCUGUUUUGUAGUGUAUCUUGGUGUCAUUUUCUGUGAAUGUGGUCAGGUAGAGUUGUUUUCGUUGUUGUUGUUGGGCUUUUUUUUUUUUUUUUUUUUUUUUUUUUGGUCUCUCUUGGUGGGGUGGGGGUGGGCUAAAGCCAUAGGAAGAAAAAUGUGAUGUAUGUGUCCAGUAUGUACUAUUUUGUUUUUGUUUUGCAAGAAGAGUUGAACUAUUUUUGAUAACAAGAGUAAAUGGUGGAAAAUGCUUCUUAGUUGUCUUGUCUUUAUUUGCUUUCCAAGUUUUGGAAUUUUAUUUAAUUCCUCUAAGUGUUAGCAGUGUCUUAUGAAACAUGUAUUCGCCUAAAGUUUGUAACAGUUUUGUGUUGAACUCAGAUGCCCUGCUAUAAUCUUGUAAAUCUGUUCUUUAUUUACUAAUGAUCACUGCAAAAAUGACUAGAAAUGAGAUUGUACACAUGGAUGAUUAGGGUAUAUUUUGCAAAUCUCCCAAACUCUCCUAAUAUUAUGAUCUUAAAAUUCCGAAAGUACUUUAUUGCUUCCCAAGUUUGAUAAUGUUAGUUUUGUGUUUUUUUGAUGCAUGGGAGGUUGGCAAUAUAGACAAAGUGGAAAUCAUUAGUAUGUGAGGGCCUUGAUUGUUAUGUAAUAUUGCCAAUGGUGAAUUCAGGUUGUUUUUAGCACAAGUUUCUCUUUUUUAUGCUGGUAUUCUCACUGCCACACUUUUGGAAACCUGUAUUACACCUUAAAUCUAUCAAUAAAUGUUAGUUUUCUAA